AUGAAGACUGCUGUCGUUGCUACCCUCAUCGGCUCUGCCUUUGGCUCUGCCAUCUCCACCUCGUGGGCCGACUGGACGACCACCACGACCACGACCACGACCACCUCGAAGCCGGCGUCUCCCACCAGCACGUUGUACUGCCCCAUCACCACCACCUCGACCGUGUCCUGCGGCGUGAGCGGCAAGGCUGACUCUUGCGUCACCAAGCCCGUCACCAUCUAUCCCACCGAUACUGCUUGCGAGGCUCUGUGGAGUGACUGGACUACCUCGACGACUACCACGACCACGACCACGACCACCAAGCCCGCUACUUGCACUUCGACCAUCACCACCUCCGUCUCUUGCGCCACCUCGUACAAGAAGGAGUCAUGCACCACCAGCACUCUGACCAUCUGGGAUUCGCUCCUCUGCAGCGCGUGGGAGGACUGGUCUACCACUACUACCACCACCAGCACGACCGUUGACCCGUGGAGCGACUGGAGCAUUGCAACGACCACGACCAGCAGCAAGCCCGUCUCUGUCACCAGCACGACCACCUGCGGUCCCAGCACCAGCACCUCCGUGACCUGCUCGACCAGCGGCUGGAAGACCGGCUGCUCCACCAGCACCAUCACCAUUGUUCCCUCGUGCUCUGCCGUGACCUGGGCCGACUGGUCCUCGACCUCGGUGACGCCCGUUGCCGCCGUCAGCACCAGCACCAGCACCCCCGUUGCUGCCGCUUCCACCAGCUGGGGCUAUGCUGCCUACAGCAGCAGCGCCCCUGUUGCCCCGGCCACCUACACUGGCGCCGCCUCGCUCCCCAAGGUCGAGCUCGGUGUCCUCGCCCUCAUGGGUCUCGCCGCUGCCUUGUAAACUCUUCUUGGAGGGCCGGCUUUUCUAAUUUCUAUGGCUUCUACCUGGCAAAGUUGGACAUACUACUAGCGCAUGUGGUAACGACGGAGAUGGUCCCAUGAAAAACAGGGAAAGAAAACCCGACUGCAGGUUUUGCAACACCGCUUUUUUUCUCUUCGAUAGUCGAUAACAUAAUUCUGUCAAAUGGAGCCUGGUUGAUCAAUCUCGAUGUUUGUCAGCUAGGAGUUU